CUGAUGUUUUGUCCCCCCUUGAAUAAUGUCCUCUUCCGGUGAUUUAAGAAAACAAUAAGAAAAGAAUGAGAAUGAAAUGUGUAUUUUUUUUAAUUGUCGUAACGAACCAAACGACCGUUCUCGUUUUCAGCGAGAAUCCAUCUGCCUAUCUUCAGAAUUGAUCUACGGUCACGGAAGAACGAUGGGCGUGCUGGCUGCCACUAUGUUUGGUUCCACGACAGUGAUGCCGGGUACGGUCUUCCAACCCGAAACGGUCCUGGAAGCCAUCACAAAGCACAGAUGCACGGUCGUCUCUGGUGCGCCAAGUAUGUUCUAUGGUCUGCUGGGUAAGCUUGAAGAAGGUCCGUACGACGUUUCUUCUAUUAAAAAAGGAGUUGUGACUUCGGCUGCGUGUACUUCUGACCUUGUGGAAAAGAUGAGAACGAAGCUGAACGCCCACAAAUUAUAUACAGUAUACGGUUCUGCCGAGUGCAGUCCGGUCGUCAGCAGCACGAGCCCUGAUGAACCGACGGAUCGCUGGAUACGGACGAUUGGAACACCGCUACCUCACCUUGAGGUGAAGGUUGUGGACACCGAAGGCAGGAUAGUUCCUGUGAACACAAAGGGAGAGUUGUGCACCCGAGGCCCCCAUGUCUUUAAAGGGUACCUCAACGAUGACGCCAAGACUAACGAAGCCAUCAGAGAGAACUGGUACCACACAGGGGACGCGGCGAAAUUGAGCGAGGACGGUCGAAUCACAUCUGGGACGCAUAAAAGAGGUGAUUGUACACAAUUAUGUGAACGUGUCGCCGCUGGAGAUCGAGAAUCUGCUCAACACGCACCCCGACGUGGAGGAGGCACAGGCAGCACUAAUGAAUGA